UGUCCACAAUCGGUAACCCAAAAUCCCAAAAGGCACGACAAACGGUUCCCUCUCAAAACUCUUGGCGCUUCACUCUCUCUUCGCUAGGGUUCUACCCAAGAUCAGUUUCGAACUCUUCAAUUCCCCUCCGAUUAAUAUACUGUCUCUCUCCUUCUCUCCAUCCAAAUACCUUCAAUUGAUCAGUAAACCCAUUUGAUGGCGUCGACCAAGCUGACUGAGGGAGCGGUGGGGGCUCUCGGUGGAGGAGCGACGGCCGAGGAUUUCAAGCCGAUGAUGCAGGUGACGGACCUGAAACAGGUGCAGACGAAGCAGCAACAAGCAACCGAGAGGUUUCGGGUGUUAUUAUCGGAUGGUUCACAGCUGCAGCAGGGCAUGCUUGCCACUCACUUGAACAACUUGGUCCAUUCUCAGAAGUUGCAGCGAGGGUCCAUUGUCACCUUGAAUGAUUACUCAUGCAGCGUCAUCCAAGGCCGACUGAUUGUCAUUAUCAUGAAUUUGGAUGUGGUAGUUGAAUCCUCAGAGCUCAUUGGACAACCUGUUGCAACACCAAGAACCUCUGGGCCUGUGCAGUCCACUGAUAGAGCCGGCACAGUCAUUGGCAAUCCCCAACCUUUAGGUGGCAGUUCACUUCCUGGUGGCCUUGUAGAUAAAGCAAAUGUUGUUGGUGCAUCUCUGGAACAACCUGUGACAAAUCAGUUGAAUAGCAGUUCAUUUUCCAAUACUUCUGCCUCUGGCCGCAAUAUUGCAACAAAUGUGCUUCCUAGUUACCCCAAAGUUGAUGUUACGACAAAUGUGCCUCCUAGUUACCCCAAAGUCGAAGUUGGUGGCAGCUUUUCUGGAUCAUCAUCAUUAAGUGGGUCAUAUAGUGAUCAAAACAUGAGUUUCCGAAAUCCUAGACCUGAAAUUUCACGGCCACCUUUGGGCAGUUACAGCCACCCGUCUUAUCCUGGAUAUCAGGCACCUUCAAUGUAUUCCAACAGAGGACCAAUUGUUAAAAAUGAAGCUCCUAGAAUAAUUCCAAUUGCUGCAUUGAAUCCUUACCAGAGUAAGUGGACAAUCAAGGCGAGGGUGACAACAAAGGGAGAAUUAAGACACUAUAACAAUACCCGUGGUGAUGGCAAAGUGUUCUCGUUUGAUCUCCUUGAUUCGGAUGGGGGUGAAAUUCGAGUGACCUGUUUCAAUGCGGUUGCUGAUCAAUUCUACCAUCAAAUUGAAGCAGGUAAAGUUUAUUUGCUCUCCAAGGGAAUUUUAAAACCUGCUCAAAAGAAUUUUAACCACCUUCGCAAUGAUCUAGAAAUUUCUUUAGAUAGCACAUCAGUGAUACAGCCUUGCUUUGAGGAUGAUAAGUCAAUCCCCCAGCAACAGUUUCAUUUCUGCACCAUAAGUGGCAUUGAAAAGAUGGAGAACAACAGUAUUGUUGAUGUAAUCGGCGUAGUAUCAUUUAUUACUCCUACGGCUUCAAUAAUGAGAAAAAAUGGUACUGAGACUUCGAAGAGAACACUCCGAAUAAUGGACAUGUCUGGACGAAGUGUUGACUUAACGCUAUGGGGUAACUUUUGCAAUGCAGAAGGCUCAAGACUGCAAGAUUUGUGUGAUUCUGGGGCAUUUCCAAUUUUAGCUGUGAAAUCUGGUAGAAUCAGUGAUUUCAAUGGCAAAGCUGUUGGGACCAUUUUUACGAGUCAGCUAUUAAUAGAGCCAGAUUUUCCAGAAGCGCGCAAGCUGAAGGAAUGGUUUGACAAGGAAGGGAGGAACACCCAGUGUCUCUCCAUUUCCAGGGAAAUCUCAAGUUUAGGUAGGACAGAUGUGCGCAAAACCAUAUGCCAAAUAAAAGAUGAGAAUCUGGGGACUUCAGAAAAGCCUGAUUGGAUCACAAUCACUGCAACUGUCAUAUUUAUCAAGUGUGACAAUUUCUGCUAUACAGCUUGUCCAAUAAAGAAUGGUGAUCGCGUCUGCAGCAAAAAGGUUACAAAUAAUGGUGAUGGGAAAUGGUGGUGUGAUAGGUGUGAACAGUCUGUUGAUGAAUGCGAUUACCGGUACAUACUGCAGCUCCAGAUACAAGAUCAUACCGGCAUAACAUGGGUAACUGCAUUUCAGGAGUGUGGGGAGGAACUCUUAGGUACGUCUGCUAAAGAUUUGUAUCAUCUGAAGUUUGAAAACCAAGAUGAUGAGAAUUUCUCUAAAAUUAUUCGUAGAGUUAUGUUUACCAAGUAUAUCUUCAAGCUGAAAGUAAAGGAGGAAACAUUCAGUGAUGAAAGCAGAGUAAAGUCAACGGUGGUCAGAGCUGAAAAGAUGAAUUAUUCAUCCGAGUCCAGGUUUCUUUUGGAAUCAAUGACUAAGCUUAACGCUGGUGAUUCUGGAGCAUUUUCUGUGAAGGCAGAAAGUAAAGGUUUAGACCCUGGCAUGAGUGAUCCAGGGACUGGGACUGCUCUUAAUAGACAAACGGGGCCCCAAGCACCAAGUCAUACAAGGAACAGCUACAUUGCUGGUAGAGAGUUUGGGUCACCGGCUAAGCAAGUUAGUCAGUAUGGAAACCAGUAUUCUAGUUCACUUCCUACAACUGGUAGUUCUGCAUACUGUCACAGCUGUGGCGGUACUGGUCAUUUCUCAACAAAUUGCCCAAGUAUCAUGUCUGAGCCAGAACAGCCUAUUGGAGCUGGCUACGUCAAUAGAGUAUCUCCUGGGGCAGGGGUUGGUGGUGCUUCUGGUGAAUGUUUCAAAUGCCAUAAAAGUGGCCACUGGGCAAGAGAUUGUCCAGGAUUGAGCAACAUUUCUCCUUCUGAGCCAGAACAGCCUAUUGGAGCUGGCUAUGUCAAUAGAGUAUCUCCUGGGGCAGGGGUUGGUGGUGCUUCUGGUGAAUGUUUCAAAUGCCAUAAAACUGGCCACUGGGCAAGAGAUUGUCCAGGACUGAGCAACAUUCCUCCUGCUUAUGGAAGCAGUGGAAUUUCACCUGGGAAAUACGGGGGGUUUCCAAAGCAACAUGUUGGUGGCUUUUAACGUUACUUGGGUAUUAAUUGGUGCAAGUUUGUAGAGAGUUUUAUCAGAGUUGAAGCUAAGCAGUCAGCUUAGGUCUUUUGUUGCUCUAAUGUGAUAUGAGCCUAUGGAUGGUUUAGUGUUUUUUUUUUUUUGUACAGCAGUGUUGGCAAUGGGAGCAUUUUGCGUCAUAUCAGUUGGGAACUUGGGAUACUCUCACCCUUGAAGACAACUUAUAUCUUCCUUCUAUUGUCGGAUGAAGUUUUGCUUUUUGCAUUCCUGCAAUGUAUUUCCUUUUUAAGUUGUUGAUACAUGUAGUAUGUUUUAAAUUAGUGAGGCUCUCUUUAUUUAAA